AUGACACGAAUGUGCUUUAUUUUCCUGCUGAUGAGUAACGCUGCGUCAGUCUCCACGCAGUUUAACGGAUACAACUGUGACGCCAGCCACCACAGCAGGUUUCCUGGAGAGCGGGACGUCAGCGUGUACUGCGGCGUCCAGACCAUCACGUUAAAGAUCAACUUCUGCCCGGUGCUUUUCUCCGGCUACACUGACGCAGACUUGGCCCUGAACGGUCACCAUGGUGACAUGCAGUGCCGUGGCUUCAUCAACAACAACACCUUCCCCACAGCGGUCCUGUUCAGCAUCAGCCUCAGCAGUCUGGAGGCCUGCGGCAACAGCCUGGUGGUCAGCACAGCCUACGGGCCCAAUGCCUAUGGGAACAUGUCUCUGGUACAAAUUGGUAACAUCUCAGGCUAUAUCGACACCCCUGACCCGCCAGCUAUAAUCAGCUACCUACCUGGCUUGUUGUAUAAAUUCAGCUGCAGCUAUCCACUGGAGUACCUGGUCAACAACUCACAGCUGGCAUCCUCCUCUGCUGCUGUUUCUGUCAAGGACGGCAACGGUACCUUCGUGAGCACGUUGAGUAUGAUCCUGUAUAAUGAUUCAACGUACAAUCAACCUCUUUCUAUUCCAAUGGCUGGACUGGCUCUGAAAACCAGAGUAUUUGCUGCUGUGAAAGCCACAAACUUAGACAAAAGGUGGAACAUCUUGAUGGACUACUGUUACACAACCCCCUCAGGGAAUCCUAAUGAUGAACUCCGCUAUGACCUUUUCUUUGGCUGCUCUAAAGACCCACAGACGACGGUUUUCGAGAACGGGAUGAGUCAGAUGGGACGGUUUUCCUUCGAGGUUUUCCGCUUCGUUAAACACACACACCAGAAGAUGUCCACUGUGUUUUUGCACUGCGUCACCAAGCUUUGCCGGGCCGACGACUGCAUCAUGCUCAUGCCAAUCUGUGGGCGUCGGCGGAGGCGGGAUGCAGAGGAGAGUCAUGAUUCCCUACCAUCAGCGUCUGGGAACGCAGUCAUCACUGCUGGACCGAUCAUCACCAGGAGUGAUGAGACUCCUGUCAACAACUCCCAGCUCGCAGCCUCUGGAGGCUCCUCCCAGCCGAUGAACCAGGGGACCAGUGCUCUGAUCUCAGGCGUGGUCGUCCUGGGUGGAGUCAGCGUGGGCCUCCUCCUACUGUCGCUCCGCCUCCUGCAGAAGUCCCGCCUCCCAACGACCUCAGCCUCAGGUGUUUGGAACCACAGCUUCAAAUAA